AAAGUUUCUGUUUAAUACCAAUAUUACCACAAUUACUUUCUUUAUAAAAGAAAAAAAUGUGUAAUGUACUGUAUACUGUGCGCAUAAAGUAUGUAUGAAGUAUUCUAUACGAGAAAAAUUACAAUAUGAGUGAUUUUGACGAUGACUUACUCGACGAUUUAUUGUCUGAAGGAAGUUCGGACAGUUUUUUCGAUGACCCCAAAACGAAAUCGAAGAAAGAUAUUUCAAAAAAGAACGAAACCGAAAAGUCGACCGUUACAAAAAUCUUCGGUUUAGAAAGCAAAGAAGCAAAGAAAGACUUGGAAUGGCUAAACGAUACACCUGCUGAAAAAGGAACAAAGAAAUUGGACGAGGCUCCUCUCAGGAGGAAACCAGCAAAGAAAGUUAGCUUCGAAGAUGACAUUUUGGACGCCUUAGGUUUGGAAAAUGCAACAGCCCCCGCGCCAGCCGAAGAAAUAGUGAAAGAUGCAACGGCGUCAUUUCAAAAAGAUCCUGUUAAAAAAAAGGCACUACUGGACGAUAUUCUUGGGCUGAAGUUGCAAAAAUCCAAUCCAAACCCUGACGAAAAGAAAAGUACCUCAAUUUCUAGUAAACCAUCUACUGCCACAAGUACGAAAUCUGAAGAAGGACCAAAAGACACAACUAACGUCGAAUUUACUUUAAGUAAUUUUGCUCGAGAAAACAGACGAUCUAGAACAACCCCUUCGUACACACGAGAUCCCUUAGGAUUGCUAACAACAACUGGCAACGUACAGGAAAAGGAAAGAUUUUCUCCAGUUCCAAAAGUUAACAUCUCUUUUGAGGUAACAUCGCAAGGAUCAGAUCCUAAAAGUUCUAAAAGAAUUUCAUGGCUCGACGACGGCGAUAAUCCAGUGAAAACUGUAAAAUCUACCGCUGCGUUGCCCACUGCUGAUAUGAGCAAGAGUGCGUCUUCGCUUGAAUUAUUUCAAAGUGAUAGAACAUCUUCUGUUAACGAGGACAAUUCCAGGAAAGAACAAGAAGCAAACAGGGAAUGCGAAAUUUCAGGUACCAAUUCUAAUGAAAGCAAUCCUAAUAAUGCAUUUUCCCUUCAAGACAUCUUUCUCCAAAGAGUCAGUGCUCAUGGGGGGAACUAUUCCAACAUUUCCCUCGCGAUGCAGCAGCAAGAGUCCCUUUUGGUGAUGGCCCUACAGAUGAAAAAAUACGAAGAAAGUCUAUUGGGCAUCCAGAAGAAACAAGAGGAAAUAUUUAACAGACAAGAGGAAUAUUUUAGACGCGUCGUCGAAGAACAGCUAUUAAAGCAACACUCUAUCGAUAGUAGCUUGCAAAUUCAGCAAGAAAAAAUAAACAAACACAUAGAAGCGUUGAUGUUUUCCACGCCCCAUCUGGGUGCGUCGAAUAUUAAUACAAAUGAAGAGAAAAACGAAGAAGUAGAUAGGGAGAAAGAUGCGGUUAUUUCCUUGCUAAAGGAAAAACAACACGAAGAAGUUUUUGUCUUGGAAGAAUCCUACAAAAAACAAAUUUCUUUAUUAGAAGAAACGAUGAAAUCUGUGGAAGAUCGACUUAGAACUGAAAUCAUUGAUAACGCGAAAUAUUACAAGGAGAUUAUAGAAAAUCUCCAUCAGCAACACAAAGCAGAUAUAGAAAAGUACGAAAACAAAAUUAAACAGCUAUCGGAUUACCAUGAGAAAGAACUACAAAGUUUAAGGGAAAGCCACAAUCGAAUAGUUGAAGAUAUCAAAAACGAAUAUGGAGAAAUGCUGAACAAUUUUAAACAAUCCAAACAGUACGAGCAACAAGCCUUCGAAGGUGCCACGACUUACAUAAAGAAACUGGACGAUAGUUUAGGCGUUUUAACAAGUAGCACUUCCAAUAUAAAUGACAUUAAGUCGAAGCUGAACGAAGAAUGCAACAUUCUGUCGAAAGUAAAGGAGGAAUCUAUAAAAGCAAAGGAGAAAGAGAUAGAAAUGAUGAGAGAAACGCUAGAAAAGGCUAGGGAAAGCAAUGAUAAUGAAAGGUCUCAACUAAUGGCCCUGGUGAGAAACUUGGAACUUAAACUUGUGGAGCAAAGUCAAAAUUCAAGAGAGGACAGAUGGGCUUUCCAACAAGCCACUUCGAGUUUAGUGGCUAAAAUGGCGGCUGCAGAUCGAGAAGCAGAAUUUCAAAGGGCAGCCAUCGAAAGGGAGAGAGAACAAUUAAAGACUUUGAAAGAAAAUCUUUUGGCUGAACAAGAAAAACUAGUUCUACAACUUACCGAAGAAAAACUGGCAAUCUCUGCAGAAAAAUCCCGUCUGGAAAUCUCCUCGAAACUCGCCAACAACUACGACGUUCAAAAGGCGCAGGUUGAGGUCGAAGCGGCCGUGAAAGCCGCCCGAGACGCUGCCGCCAAGACCGAUUUAGAACGCGAGAAUCUACUGAAAGCUCAGCACGAGCUUGAAUCGUUGAAGCGCGAUAUGCGCGAUCGCGAUCACGUUUUAUCGCUCAAAGAAAAGUCGUUUGAAGCGUUGCAGAAAGAACUGGACGAUAGGGCCGCGGAAGCCGAAAGGGCUUUGGCUCAGGCCAAGUUGAUCGAAACGACUUACGCAAAUAGGACCAGAGACAUGCACAAACAGGUGGCCGUUCUUGCGCAAAGGGAAAAGAAAUUGGCAGAGGAAAAGUUGAAUUUGUCGAAAGAACGCCUCGCGCUACAAAUGGACCUCCAACAAUUGAGGAGGUGCACCUUGUGUGCCAGUAGCGUGCGCGUAUCAUCGGUGGGAAUGGUACACGAGAUUGGAUACGACGAUUAUGACGUAUUAGAUCCGGACAUGGCGAGGCUUAGGAAUGAAGCAAACGACGAAAGUAUUCGUAGUCCUCUUGUUGAGGGCCGAACCGAAGACUGAAUAAUAAGUAAAUUUUUUUUAAACUCAUUAAAUGAGUU